UAACCCAGUAUUAAUUGGGUCUUGUUACUAAUUUUAAACUACAUUUAGUUAAUGAUAAUCUAUAGAAAAUAAUGUCCCUGUUCACUCUGUUGUAAACGUCAGUGUCAAAAAUAUCUAACCUUCAAACGAUAGCAUUACGAAAAUAGUUUUAAAUCCGAAUAACCAGUGUGAAAACGAUCAAUAUGGGCAAAAUCGAGGACGACAAAUAAAUACCAAGCGUUCGAGGUGCCCAAAUCGAUAAAUCACAAUGACUCAAGCUCUCCUCAACCGGUGCAGAAUGCACACUUUGAGCCUUUUCCCGCUACUAAAACCCCCGAAAAUGCCAACAACUGUCACGCAAUUUCACACGACACCUAACCCCCAUCGGAAGUCCCUCUACAAGACUGAGUCGAAGAAAAUCCGCUUUUUCGUCGUCCACCGUUACCUCGAAUAUUUGAAAAACUAUGACAAGGUCUUGGAGCGCAGCUUUCCGGGGGCCAUGCGGGUCUACCGCGUUUUCACAGUCGGUAUUAAAGACUUUGCCCAGGACUUGAAGGACUACUUCCGAAUAGUGCGAAUUCUAAACUCCCCAACCAAAGACAAGUUUAAAAGUUUGACGCGGCGCGAGAUCGAGCUCUACCACCAGAUGCCCAAAGACAUGCGGAAGGUGGCCCCCGUGUUGCUGAUUUCAGCCCUACCUUUCGCCAAUUACGUUAUUUUCCCGUUGGCUUAUUUGUUCCCGAGGAUUUUCCUCUCGCGUCAUUUCUGGAAUUUGCAACAAAGGGCCGAGUUUAGUAUUUAUUAUCUGAGGGGGCGUCUGGUGAACAAUCGGCCGCUUUUUCGGUGCGUUCAAGGCGAGUUGGAUAAGAUAAGGGGGCACAGGUUGUACUACAAAUGGGCCGAAGUUUUGGGCAUGAUGGGCAGUGGCGUCCAGCCCAAGGUUGAGCAGAUUCUACAGUGCAAGGAUUUGUUUACGUGCGAGCCGUACCAUCUGUUUUAUUUGAAGGGAAAACAUGUGAAACACUUGUUGAAAAUCCAUGACCUCCACAUGGGGUGGUUUCGGCGCUCGCGCCUCAUUGAACGAGCUGUGAUACUGCAAGAAAUGGACAAGGCCAUAGUCAGGGAAGGAGGCGUCCACAACAUGCCCCAAGACGCCUUAAAACACGCUUGUUACAUAAGGGGGCUCAACCCGAUGAAUAUGCGAAACGAAGACAUGAUAAACUGGCUAAACAACUGGAUCAAAAUUUCCAGUGUUGUUGACAGGGAAAGUUGGUCACUUCUGCUGCACUGUCCCAUUUUACUGGCUUACAACGAGCCCUCAAACUGGACACUGAUUUACAAACCCAAGUGAUUAUGUUACUAGUUAUAAUAAUUUAUUUUUGUGAUAAAUGAUAAUGAACCAAAAGUUUAAUUUUGUAUUAAAUUAGUAACAACAAGGGUUUGAAAUAAAACCAAUUGUUUUGUUG